CGAUCAGACCUUGCUACACCACGGUAUAGAGUGUACGCAUGCGCGCGCAUUUUACAUUACGUUUUUAGGGAAUUUUCGUUAUUCGAAGUUGAAAAGAAAUGCUUGCUAAUUGAAUUUGGUGAAGUGCUAACAGAAAUGGAAAACUAACUUGUGAGGAAAUUGUGUCUACUUGCUUGUGCAGCAGUGUCGCAUACAUACACACAUACGUACAUAUGUAUGUAUAUGCAUUUAAAAAAAUCAUUUGUAUUGAACGGAAAAUCGGCGAAUUGAAAGCAAACAAUUCGAAGCGCACAGCCAACGAGCUAAUUAUAAGCUAAUUUGUGGCUUUAAUCAACAAAAAACAAAAAAAAACAACAGCAACAAAGUGAUACUAAAUAUACAAACGUACAUUAAAAAAAAUAUUUACUGUGCAAUUUGAAUUGAUUAAUAAUAACAAACCAACAAAAGUAUACAAAUACAAAAACCAACUCACUCAUGAAGCUAGCGCAACGCUUCAUUGCAUUUAGAAGUGUAUCGGUUUGGCCGCAACAACAAAAAUCAGCAAUAUUGCUACCUACUAACGUUUUGGGCUAAAAUAAUGAGUGUAAUCCUGCCGUCAAUGCCGCACCGUUACAAGCGUCUCCUGCAAGCAAUGACACUCGCCGUGGCAAUAAUUUACACCACACUGGUGCUUUAUCAGAGCGCCUACGGAUAUCCUGAUUUACAGCAGCUACCAACGCAGAAACACUUUAUACUUGAGACUCAACCCUCUCCUGCGCCUACGUCAUUGACUCGAUCGUUUACCAGUUUACCAGUAGCGGCAGCGGCAGUGCAGCAACAGCUAUCAACACAAUUCAAAACCCAGCAUAAGUCGACUAACCUGCAACAACAGCAGCUAACUUCAGCUCAGGAGCAAAAACAACAUGCGCAUAAACAACAACGAAAGUAUAUGAAAAAUCUGCAAACGGCAGUAGCUGCGCAUUCAAAGCAACUACCAUCAUCAUCAUCAGCAGCAGUAGCAGCACAAACGGCAAAUGCGAGGGCUGUGGUAGCACCCGCACCACCGCCACUUUUACCAUCAUCAGCAACAGUCACAGCCACACAUUCACAAACCACUUACAUUAUUCGUAAGGAUAUAAAAAGUUUUAAUUUUUCCGACAUCGAAGUAAAUGAGGAGGAUGCAACAGCAGCGGCACGACUGGACGAUUUGGCGCGGCGUAGUCGCAAUGGCGAACUAUUGCACGAUUUGUGGCAACGUGCCGUUACAGCGACGCCACAGCCGCCGAUCACUGAACUCGAUGACAUUUUCAUUAGCGUCAAGACAACAAAAAAUUAUCACCACAUACGUUUGGCUUUGAUCAUCAAGACGUGGUUCCAGUUGGCGCGCGAUCAGACUUGGUUCUUCACUGACACCGAUGAUCCAUAUUACCAGGAGAAGACAAAGGGACAUCUCAUUAAUACGAAUUGCUCACAGGGGCACUUUCAGGAGGCUUUGUGCUGCAAAAUGUCGGCGGAGUUGGAUGUCUUCCUGGCCAGUGGCAAGAAAUGGUUUUGCCAUUUCGAUGAUGACAACUAUGUCAAUGUUCCACGGCUGGUCAAACUCUUGGACGAGUACAGCCCUUCAGUUGAUUGGUAUCUGGGCAAGCCUAGCAUAUUCUCACCAUUGGAAAUACAUCUCGAAAGCUAUGCGCCAAUGACACACAAAAAUAAAACAACGGCAGAGAAGAUUUCUUUCUGGUUUGCAACUGGGGGUGCUGGUUUUUGCCUAAGUCGCGCGCUGACUAUGAAAAUGUUGCCAAUAGCCGGUGGUGGAAAAUUUAUUAGUAUUGGACGUAAAAUACGUUUCCCCGAUGACGUCACUAUGGGUUUCAUAAUUGAGCAUCUGCUCAAAGUGCCAUUGCGCAUUGUGGAGAAUUUCCAUUCGCAUUUGGAGCCCAUGGAGCACAUACGUCCUGAAACUUUCCCAGACCAAGUUUCAUUUAGUUAUGCGCAUAUGCGAAAUCAAUGGAAUGUCGUAAAGGUGGAUGGCUUCGAUCUGGCAACGGAUCCGAGGCGUUUCUAUUCGCUGCACUGCAAGCUCUUUCCUUACUUCAGCUUUUGUCCACCAAGAUGAUAAACUCGCUUAAAGAAUUUAUAAAAAAUGUUGUUUUCUUUAUUUUGUAAAAUAUUUACCGACCUGCUGUAUUUAAAAGAAUAACAUAAGAAAAAAGUCUCCAGCAAAAUUGCGCUGGCAUAAGUUUUGUAACUAAAACUCAAAACUGUGAUGUAGUUUAAGAUGUAAAAAACUAUGUAUGUAUGUAUGUGUAAGUGUAGUAGGGAAACAAAUAACAUAAUAAAUAGAAAAUUACUGUAAUGAAAGACAAUAAAAAUGUAUUAUAAAAAUCGUAAAUUUACUAUAUUAAGUACAGUAAGUGCAGUAAGUCUGUCCAAAAGAAUUGUACGGUCUAGUAUUCGUAUGCAGUAAAUCAGUUAUAUCUAAGUUGCGUUUCUUUUAAUAUCUAAAUGUUAAAAUUAAAAUAAUUAACAAAACAAGAAUACUUUAAUAAAAAAAAGCGGCAGCCGUAGCCGAAUGCGUUGGUGCGUGACUACCAUUCGGAAUUCACAGAGAGAACGUAGGUUCGAAUCUCGGUGAACCAAAUUAAGAAAACAUUUUUCUAAUAGUGGUCGCCCCUCGGCAGCCAAUGGCAAGCCUCAAGCAAGCAAGAAAAAGCUCCUCAUAAAAAAUAUCUCAUAAAAAUUAUAACUGAGUCGGCUUAAAACUGUAGGUCCCUCCAUUUGUGGAACAACAUCAAAACGUAGACCACAAAUAGGAAGAAGAGGUCGGCCAAACACCCAAAACGGGUGUACGCGCCAAUUAUAUAUACUAUAUAUAUAAUAAAAAAAAACAAAAAAUUGUUCAAAUAUUGUCCACCCGCCAACUUCAUAAAUUUGGGCCCAGCUUCACUUGACGCAACUUUCAGACAGUUUCUGCGUGUUUUCUUUGACUAUGACUUUACGAGGUGGAUCAGCUGGCAAAUGUUUUAAUUUUUAAUACAUUUUGAUUUAAGAUUUUUUUUUUUUAAUUUUUUUGUUGUUGUUUUUUUAUUAAAAUUUGUAUAUCUCAAGUUUUAGCCUCAUUAACGCCCCAUACACUUCCCAUUUUCGACUGGAUUAGCCUCGAAACUCUAUGAUGGUUAGUCCCUGACGGAUAUAAAAUAUACAGCCGGCCACCCCACCCAAACGAGUUUUUCGGUACUCUCUUCUUCUUAAUGGGAGCGAUAACCGCUUACGCGAUUUUGGUCGAGUUUAACAAAGCGCGUCAGUCGUUUCUUUCUCCUGCUAAUCGGCACCAGUUGGACACACCAAGUGAGGCCAAGUCCUUCUCCACCUGAUCUUUCCAACGCAGAGGAGGCCUUCCUCUUCCUCUGCUACCACCAGAUGGUACCGUAUCGAAUACUUUCAGUGCCGGAGCGUUUGUAUCCAUUCGGACGGCAUGACCCAGGCAACGUAGCCGCUGGAUCUUUAUUCGCUAUGCUAUGUCUAUGUCGUCGUAAAACUCAUACAGCUCAUCGUUCCAUCGCCUGCGAUAUUCGCCGUUGCCAACGUGCAAAGGUCCGCACUCUGCAACAAUACAAUUUCAUACGACCUAAACAUCCUUAUUUUCAGAAUUGAGCCGAGGUUUUCGUCAUUUAACAUACAAGUGGUAGCAGUCGCACGCAUUGACCUUGACCGCUCUCGCCACCCAAUUUCGAUCGAUAAUCACCUGUGCUAGUGGCGCUCAUUUUUCUAUCUGACUUUCUGUUAGCAGAGAUUAGUGAAUUGUGCUUAGAUUUUUUAAAUUGAUUCGGUCACUUUGGUUUCGGAUGACAUUUAUAGACUCCUUAUUUUCUUUUUGCGCCAAUUUCACCAUAACGACCCUCAGCAACACUGUCGGAUUUCUAUUAAAGAAUUGCUAUAUCUAUUUAUCGGCAUGCCUUGGGAUGCACCUGUUAAUACCUCUUUACUUUCUGAGCUCAAAGUCAACAUUCUCGAGCUCCUGGUAUUAGUUGUUCCACAGACAUCCGUCGAAGCUCGGCGAUGUUUUGGCACAUUUUGCAGUCUUAGGACCUUUAAUUAAAAAAAUAAUUAAAUAAAAUAAGCAUUUCAAUGAAUCAAGUAAACUUCUGUUAAAUUUGCAAUUAAUUUUAGUUAGGUCGUAUUCGAUUUUUUGAAUGAAUGAAAAAUGUAUAUAGCGUGAAAACACUUUUCCACUCCUAUAGCAGGUAGAGCCUGCUAAAAAAAAUUUCUGCAUCGCACACUUCUCUUGACACAGACAAAAAUAUACGUGAAAGUAGCAAACUAAGAAAUACAAAUGUAUAGUUUAAUGUAAAACUCUUUUAACACAAAUUAUAAGAUGCUGCAAUAACACAAUAUUUUUAAUAUUUUAAACACAUUUCAUAUAAAGCCUUUACUUUUAACUAUUACGUCAUAGUACUAAUACCAUUGAAUAGGUGUAGAACAAAAUAUGUCGGUUCUUGGUAGCGGCAGAUCUAACAAAGCUUUUUUUCUACUUUGUGCUUCCUUUUAUUGUCAAUUUUAUUACACGAAUAUUGCCUACAAUAACUAGCUUCUAGUCUCUAUAAGAGAAAAAAAACAACUUCCACGGAUAUCUUUGGAAUCUAAUUGUUAUAAACGCAAUAAUGCAUUCGCUGUAAAUAUAUUCCAUUUUAUAUCUACAUAAAUAUGUAUGGCUAUGUAAUUUUAGUCUUCCAUUUACAUCAACUACUCUAUAAAUUUUUUUUUUUAAUAAAUUACAUGUACCUAGUAUGUAUGUAUGUUUACACUUUACUAAAAUACA